AUUCAUUUGGGCCACAUACUAUAUAAACAUACACACACCCAUUCUGUAUCUAUAUUCAUUUUCAUUUUUUAGGGUUUUACACAUUCUAUGGCACCUCGAUCUAAGCUCUGUCACUGCAAUCUCUUCAAUUCGUUUCGUUGCUGUUGUUUCUGCUCUUGUUAAUUUAGGUCUUGAUUGUAAUUGUGAUUGUGUUUGUGUUUCAUAUUGUUUUGAUUUGAUAUCAGUAGAGACAUAUUUCGCGAGUUGUGAUGGAUUUGAGUCAUUCGCAGUCGAGUAAUUUGAGUUUGGGGCUACAAACUCACCGAUCGGAUGAUUCGAUCUCGUUUCAGAUCGAUUCCAACCGCCGAGAUCGGUCCAAAUCGGUGCCGUCGGUUCCGCUUCAAUUGAUGGAGCCCACUACGGAGGAGGAGAGUGGGAAUGACGAGGGGGAAGGAGGUGCUGACGUGGAGGAGUUCAGGAUUCUAGGGCAUUCCAUGUGUUUGAAGAGGCGGAGAGAUAGUGAGUCUUCGUCAUCGAGUUCGGUGUCGAGGAGGUGUGUUGAGCAGCCGAGUUUGGAGGCCAGGAGGAAGGCGGUGAGGGCGUGGGGGAAUCAGCCAUUGUGUGUGGCGGAUCCUGAUGUGUUUGGGAUCAUGGAGAAGGAGAAGGAGAGGCAGUAUAAGGGGAUUGAGUUGAUUGCGUCGGAGAAUUUCGUGUGUCAGGCGGUGAUGGAAGCUUUAGGGAGUCAUUUGACUAAUAAGUAUUCCGAGGGGAUGCCGGGUGCUAGGUAUUAUGGUGGGAAUGAGUAUAUUGAUGAGAUUGAGAAUCUUUGUAAGGAUAGGGCUUUGCUUGCUUUUGGUUUGGAUUCUGAGACGUGGGGUGUCAAUGUGCAGCCGUAUUCGUGUACUUCAGCUAAUUUUGCUGUUUAUACUGGGUUGUUGUUGCCGGGAGAUCGUAUAAUGGGGUUGGAUACACCUUCUGGAGGGAAUACUAGUCAUGGGUAUUAUACUCCUAAUGGGAGGAAAGUGUCUGGUGCAUCAAUUUUCUUUGAGAGUCUUCCUUAUAAAGUGAACCCGCAGACUGGGCUUGUGGAUUAUGAUAAGCUUGAAGAGAGGGCACUUGAUUUUCGACCCAAGAUUUUGAUAUGUGGUGGGAGUUCGUAUCCAAGAGAGUGGGAUUAUGUGAGGUUUAGGCAAAUUGCUGACAAGUGUGGUUCGGUCUUGAUGUGUGAUAUGGCUCAGAUUAGCGGUCUAAUUGCAGCAAAGGAAUGUGUAAGCCCCUUUGAGUACUGUGACAUUGUCACAUCAACAACUCACAAAAGUCUUCGAGGUCCCAGAGGAGGUAUUAUUUUUUACAGAAAAGGCUCCAAGCCAAAGAAAAGAGGGCUUCUUUUGAAUCAAGGCGAUGGAAGUGAUAAAUAUGACUUCGAGGAAAAGAUAAAUUUUGCUGUCUUUCCAUCCCUUCAAGGUGGCCCCCACAAUAAUCACAUCGCUGCCCUUGCGAUAGCGUUGAAACAAGUAGCUACCCCAGAGUACAAGGCAUAUAUGCAACAAGUUAAGAAAAAUGCUCAAGCCUUAGCUGCUGCUCUGUUGAAGAAAAACUGCAGGUUGGUCACUGGAGGCACUGAUAAUCAUUUGUUACUCUGGGAUCUCAGAAAUCUGGGAUUGACAGGUAAAAGCUUUGAAAAAGUCUGUGAAAUAUGUCAUAUCACUCUUAAUAAAAUUGCCAUCUUUGAUGAUAAUGGCAUGAUUACACCUGGAGGAGUAAGAAUUGGUACUCCUGCUAUGACGUCUCGAGGUUGUCUGGAGUCAGAUUUUGAGAUGAUGGCAGACUUUCUAUUUAGGGCUGCACAGAUUGGAACUUUGGUUCAAAGGCAGAAAACUUCUUUGAAGGGGCUUCAGAGCAACAAAGAUAUUGUUGAACUCCGUACCAGGGUAGAAAAUUUUGCAACCCAAUUUGCAUUGCCUGGGCUUGAUGUAUAAAGAUUCUCUGAAUGCAACUGGCUCUGCUUCAUUAAGCAAACACAAAACCACAUCCGAUCAUAUGCAAAUAUGGAUCUACUUCUUGAGUCAGCAUUUUGAUACAGCAGAUUGUGGACUGUUAUAAGUAUCGAGUAACAACCCUACAUCAUAUCACACGUACUUCUAUAUCUGUUGUGAUCGCGCACUGUGGAUUAGGUAGACGAUAAUGCUGCAAAGCCAGAAGUUCAUUAGAAUAGUUGUGAAUACACUUCUUAAAUUUCCCUGAACAUGAAAAUAUUUUUUGGAGACCUUGGCAAGUAUAAUAUAGCCCGAGUACAGGGAUUAUUGGACCCCUAAUGUUAUUGUUUGUUCCAAGCAAAGACAUUGGUUGAUAAUUGUGUUGUUCCCGGGUCUGCUGUUCUAUUUUGUACUUGCAUAUUUGAUUUCUCAUACAAUAUACAGCGUAGGCCAUUUGUUUUUGUUUGA